GUUCGUCACUCCCAAAUGGAUCCUGCCACUUUCAGUGCAUACACGCAGUAAUUCUCGUUCAGCCUUCUGGGUAGCGGUAUGAAGGAUGACUUGAUCAUCAAGGGAGAUCUACGAGAAUGACCGGUCUAAGCUUCAAAGGUCAUUCGAUACCUCCUGUAAUGCACAGGUCCUCGACAUGACCUUCAAGGUCAAUUAUCCUUCUCGUCUCCAAUCUUUCUUCGGGUCCACCAGAUUUGAUCACAAUGCCCAAACGGUGCCGUGGGUCCAAGCAAGAGCUGAUCAAAGACGAAGCAUCCAAAGGCGCUUUACCUCGCUUAGUUCCACUGUCCGUGCAUAAAAACAAGGAUGGUUCGGGAGUCUUGUUCUUUUCUAUCGAUAAAUAUCGGGACUUGGACCUCGCCUUUGCUAUUCUACGACCGAAGAUGACGACCUUAUGGGUGCCUGCCAUGUCCGGUCGCGUCAACAUCCUGAACAGCGAGGGAGAUGACGAAAAACGGGCCAAGCUCAUAGAUCCUGAGGGUGUUCCUUACUGUGUGUACAUGGGCCUUAACAUCCAGCGACGCAUCUCCGAGUCGACUAUUGUUCAUCAACUUCUUCCCGGGCAGGGAAGUAUGGCGAAACACGGGAACCAGGGGAUUCGAUUCGACGCGACCGAUUCGUGGCAUUAUCCCCCGAAACACUAUCUCCCUUGGCGUCAUUCCCCAGCCGGACACGUCCCUAUCUGUAUAGGGUUCGAGCCGACGCAUGGGCCCGGAACAGAGGGUGUUGCUAUCACAGAGCUUUCGAAGGGGAGAGGCAUGCAGGAUAUCAGGCAGCGCAUCGAGCCUCUCAUCCCACGCGAUAUGCGAGGCCGUCAAAAAGCGUUGCUGAGGAUCGAGUUGUGGCCUGGCUGCAAACGGGUGAGCAGGAGCAUCGUCUUGAUGGAAGAUGAAUCGAAAUAUGUUACGCGAACGCGUCUCGGGAAGGAGCUCGCGAAAAUCUUCGAAGCCUUUGUCACGCAAUACAUGCCAUCGACGGUUAAAAUUAGCCCGCAGCAAUUGAGGAUCAUGGAGCUAUGCUCAGAGGAUGGGAGGAUCUUUGUCGCGCGGGUUGGUAUUGUGCCGGGAAGAAUAUAAUAGAGAAUUCAAAUCUGGGACCAUGACAGUCAUGUUCGGCGACAGACCGCGCGCACGCGAUCUUCCACUGAAUCAGAAAUGAGCGGUGAUAACUGUACGACAAACUACUCUGGUUGCACCGUUGAACCGUGCGCGAUUUGAACGUGUUGUAUGCCGUGGACAUGCGAUGCUAGCUCAGAGAUUCUCUCCGCAUGGUCAUUCCUGAGAUCUGCCAGCACAAGUGUCUCCAGACCGUCCUCAAAGGAAGCCAGAAAGUUCACAUCUACUCCGCUCCCGUCCACCGCCUUGAGAACGACUUUCUCCAUCGCAGGGAAGCCGACAGCGCUGAUAACCGAUAGCAGCAUCGUCCACGCGAAACCGGUGAUCUCUUCCACCUCCAGGACACGUAAAACAGGCGAGGAGAACGCAGUCCCGAAAAAUCGAGACAGCGCUUGGACUCGAUCCAUCGACGGAGCAUGCAGUCGCGCGACGCGAACGAAGGUUAGAUGAGCAGGCGAGAAGGCUGGACUAAACGGCAGUCCUUCUCUCGUCGGAUUGCUUCCGUCUACCGACAGUCGUUCGAGAUUGAUCAUACUCGGGAGGCGAGAGUCUUGGGUGGGAUACUCCACCGAAAGAAGUUUCUGUUCAUCGAGCAUCGCGAGCGAGGACUGGACUAGUUCGAUGGUGGUCAACCCCCCCAGGAGAGAUGCGUCAGACGGGAAGAUCAUCGCGCGUUCGAGAUGAAGAGCACGGAAGACCGCUGGAUUGAGAGCAAGUGGGCCGAUGUGCUGCAUCGGUCCCGUGCUGGUUUGGAUGAAAGCAAGCCGUUCCAGAACUGGCAUCCGCAGAUUCUGGAUGCGGAGACGGAUCAUGUGGAGGACAGGGUUGGUGGCUUGUACGUGCAGCGACCGCCAACGUCCAAUGUGGUGGAUAAGAAGGUCCACACCUUCAGUGUACUCUGUGCAGACGCGGUACCGAUAUUGCUCCAGUCGGAUGUAGAUAUCGAGUGGGAGGCCAUCCGUCCGAGACAGUCGAGUGGAGAUGCUCGGAGGUAGGUCACGAUCAUGGGUAAUGCGCACAGUUGUCCAAAACUCGGCCGUCCUGAGCGCCAGAUCCCUCCAUCGGCGGGCUACGGAAGCUAGAAGUAACUCUCCAGGACUGUUGGGUGGCUCCGUGUCGUUUACGACAUGACGAAAGAUGCGCGAGUAGAUCUCAUCAGACAACGAGAUUAGUCUCGCCAUGAUCGGACUUUUUGUUGCGAGCGAAGCGAGCAA